AUGGGCAGCGUGCGGGGGCCCCGCGGGGCCGCCCUGCGGGCGCUGGUGUCGCUGGCCGCCGGGCUGCUGGCGUGCGGCGGGGCCAGCGAGUACGACUACGUCAGCUACCAGUCCGACCUGGGCCCCUACCCGGGCGGGCGCUUCUACGCCAAGCCCCACCAGUGCGUGGCCAUCCCUGCGGACCUGCGGCUCUGCCACAGCGUGGGCUACGACAAGAUGGUGCUGCCCAACCUGCUGGACCACGAGACCAUGGCCGAGGUGAAGCACCAGGCAAGCAGCUGGGUGCCGCUGCUCAACAAGAACUGCCACAUGGGCACCCAGGUCUUCCUCUGCUCCCUCUUUGCUCCCGUCUGCCUGGACCGUCCGGUCUACCCGUGCCGCUGGCUCUGCGAGGCCGUGCGCGACUCCUGUGAGCCCGUCAUGCAGUUCUUUGGCUUCUUCUGGCCCGAGAUGCUCAAGUGUGACCAGUUUCCCCAGGACGACGUCUGCAUUGCCAUGACAGCUCCCAAUGCCACCGAGGUCUCCAGGCCUAAAGGAACGACCGUGUGUCCCCCUUGUGACAAUGAGAUGAAGUCGGAGGCCAUCGUGGAGCACCUGUGUGCCAGCGAGUUUGCUCUCAAGAUGACCAUAAAGGAAGUGAAGAAGGAGAACGGGGACAAGAUGAUCAUCCCGCGGAAGAGGAAGGCGCUGAAGCUGGGGCCCAUCCGGAAGAAGAACCUGAAGAAGCUGGUGCUGUUCCUGAAGAAUGGGGCUGACUGCCCCUGCCAUCAGCUGGACAACCUCGGCCACUACUUCCUCAUCAUGGGCCGCCAGGUGAAGACCCAGUACCUGCUGACGGCCAUCUACAAGUGGGACAAGAAGAACAAAGAGUUCAAGAAGUUCAUGAAGAAGAUGAAGUCUCCCGACUGCCCGACGUUUCCGUCCGUCUUCAAGUGA